CCCGUGAUGGAGCUCACGCUUGUUCGCCUCCUCCACCAUGACUCUCCUUCUAGCAUCUUUGUUUGGUGCUCUUAUUUUUCAGCCUUCUGGAGCUGUUAAUACCCUGACUGUCGGUACUUCUUCCGGUCCGGUAACGGGCUUUAUCAAUGACGCAACACCGAACGUCGCACAGUUCCUCGGUGUUCCCUUCGCUGAACAGCCGGUAGGAGAGCGUAGAUGGCUGCCUCCGGUGCUGAAGUACCCAGAGUUGAGCAUCAAUGCGACGAGCUUUGGCCCUAGCUGUCCGCAGUUCGAGGGUAAUGCGUCGAGCACGUGGCAGACGGAUGCGCCAGAGUUCAUAAUCCCGAAUGGAACGACUGGUGAAGAUUGCUUGUCGGUCAAUGUUUGGACGCCGUGGGAGAAUGAAACUAGUACAGAAUUGUUGCCUGUGAUUGCCUGGAUCUACGGAGGAGGCUUCCAGACUGGAGGCGGAAAUGUCCCGUAUCAGAAUCCCAGUCGGUGGAUUGAGAGGAGCCAGAGGCACAUCGUUGUCUCGAUCAACUACCGUGUGAAUAUCUUUGGCUUCCCGAACGCAGCUGGGCUGAAAGAUGACGAGCAGAAUCUUGGGCUCUUCGACCAACGGCUUGGGCUUGAAUGGAUCCGCCUAAAUAUCGCCUACUUUGGCGGCGAUCCCAACCGCAUCUCACUCUGGGGCCAGUCUGCAGGAGCGAUGUCAGUAGAUUAUUACAAUUUCGCGUACCCGACGGACCCCAUCGUGCAAGGGCUCAUCAUGGAUUCCGGGAAUGCGCUAGUUUCGAUCGGAUCAUCCGACCCCGAGCACACGAACUUCACUUUUGUCGCCAGUCAUUUUGGUUGUAGCAAUCUCAGUGUUCAAGCCGAACUAGACUGCUUCCGAAACGUGAGCACUACGGAGAUUGAAGCAUUCCUCAAGCAACGCAGCGAUGCCGGCACGACGCCGGCCGUCUCCUUCAAUCCUAUAGUCGACAACCGCACCAAGUUCGCCAACUAUACGGAACGAGCGCUCGCCGGCAACUUCACAAAGAAACCCGCGAUCAGUGGCACAGCUGCAAACGAAGGCGCACCGUUCCUUCCCUACAACCGCACAUACGGCCCUAAUAUGACCCUCACGAACUACACCACCCUUAGCCUCUUCUUGUGCCCUACAGUGAAAACCACCCAGAAUCGUUGGGCUGCCGGUACCACCACCUUCCGCUACCUUUACGCCGGCAACUUCAGCAACAUCUCGCCGCUGUGGUGGGAAGGGCCGUAUCACUCCUCGGAACUGCCGCUUAUUUUUGGGACUUCGGGCAUUGCGAGAGGUGCUUCCACACCUUUUGAAAUUGAGACGUCGGAGAAAAUGCAGGAUUACUGGCUUGCUUUUGCUGAGGACCCUGUGAAUGGGUUGCCAGCAAUGGGGUGGAACGCGUAUGAGCCCGAUGGAGACGGUGUCCUGCUUGGGAGAGAUGUAGCGAGUCAGCCUAUCGCAGAGACGAGGUUGGAAGCACCGUGCGACGGAGCCACACCGAAGGCUGGAGCACUACCGCCCCCGUGAAGAAAAUUGAAG